UACUGAAAAACCAGAGUAGGACACAAUGAUUGGACUCUUAUUGUUGUGAAACAAAUAACAAUGCACAAUUUCCGUCCUGAAUCCAUACAAUGCUGGCCAUUGCCGAUGUUAAUCUCAAUAUGAGGACACUCUGUAGAGAGGGUCGCUUGAAAGAAGCUAUACACAUUUUGCUUACUUCACCAAUUGCAACUGUUUAUUCGUCUACCUAUCUUCUUCUUUUGCAGAUCUGCAUUGGCAGAAAUGCUCUUCCAGAGGGUAAAAAAAUCCAUUCUCACAUCAAAAGCAGGGGAUUGGCAUUUGCCAGACACACGGUUAUACAAAAUACACUAAUUGACAUGUACGUCAAGUGCGGAAGCUUGCCGGAUGUUAGCAAAGUUUUCAACCACUUGGCUGAACCAAACGUCUUUUCAUGGAAUAUGAUAAUUACAGCUCAAAGAAGACACGGGUUUUCUCAAGAGGCAUUCUCACUGUUUCGUCAAAUGCAGAGAACAGCUAUACAACCGGACCAGUUCACAUUUACUGCUAUCCUCCCUGCUUGUGCCAAAAUGGGAGCUUUGGAACAUGGUAUGGAGAUUCAUAAAAAAGUAAUAGAAAGCAAUUUUUUGUCAGAUGUUGUUGUCGUGAAUGCUCUGAUAGACAUGUAUUCGAAAUGCGGAAGGAUGCUGAAGGCGUAUAAAUUGUUUGACAAAAUGCCUGCGCGAAAUGUAGUCUCAUGGACUGCGAUUAUUGCUGGAUAUGCACAAAAUGGAUUUGUUGAAAUGGCGUUGGAAGUUUUUAAGGAAAUGCAAUCAGCAGGUGUAGAGCCAAACGCAGCAACAUUUACAAGCGUCCUACCAGCUUGUGCCAAACUUGGAGCCUUGGAACAGGGUAUCAACAUCCAUAAAAAAAUAAGUGAACGCAGGAUUAGCUCAGAUAUCGUACUUGCGAAUGCCCUAAUAAAUAUGUAUGCAAAAUGUGGAAGCAUAUUGCAAGCGCGUGAGCUAUUUGACAAAAUGCCUCAUCCAGAUGUGGUUUCAUGGACUGGGAUGAUUGCAGGAUAUGCAAUGAAUGGCUCUAGCAAGGAUGCCCUCAAGCUCUUUGAACUAAUGAAACGCUCUGAAAUUAAACCAGACCAUAUAAGCUUUGUUUGUGUUUUAUUUGCAUGCAUCCAUGCAGGUUUAGUGGAUGAGGGUUGUAAGUACUUCAAUCAGAUGAGUGACUCUCAUUGCAUUAUUCCUACAAUAGACCAUUAUGUAUGCAUGAUUGACAUUCUUGGUCGUGCUGGCUAUCUUGAGGAAUCUAUAAACUUUAUCAUCAAAAUGCCAUUUAAACCUGAUGUGGCUGUGUGGAUGUCUUUGCUUAGUACUUGUAGAGCACAUAAGAAUAUAGGCCUGGGAGAAUUUGUGACAAUGUUUCUUUGUGAUAUGGAUCCUCAAAAUCCUGCACCUUGUGUUCUUUUGUCGAACAUUUAUGCAGAACUGGGCAGAUGGGAUGAUGUUCGAAAGGUAAGGAAGUUGAUGAAAGAUAGAGAAAUUAGUAAGAGACCUGGAUGUAGUUGGAUUGAAGUCCAUCAAAAGGUACACGCCUUUCAUGCAGGAGACAGGUCACACCCACAAACAAGGGAUAUCUAUGCAAAGUUAGAUAGUUUGUCUUGGGAAAUGAAGGCAGAAGGUUAUAUUCCAGAUACAAGACCUGUAUUGAAUGAUGUGGAAGACGAGGAGAAGAAAUUCCUUGUCUGCCAUCAUAGUGAGAAGUUGGCAAUUGCAUUUGGGUUGUUAAAUAUGCUCCCUAGAACAACCAUUAGAGUUGUCAAGAAUCUUCGAGUAUGUGCUGAUUGCCACACGGCUAUCAAGUAUAUCUCCAAGAUUGUUGCGAGAGAAAUCUUUGUGCGAGAUGCAAACCGUUUCCAUCAUUUCAAACUUGGACAAUGUUCUUGUGGAGAUUAUUGGUGAUGCUAAGAGAAGCUAACCUAUAAAUACAGGUUUACACUACAAUAAGGUCCUUGAAGUCAGAUAUGCAGUGUAAAGAAGGAAUCCGGUUCUAUUUUCAGUUUCUACAAAAUGCUGUUUCUGAUUGUUUGGAGAACUAGAUGAUGCUUUUGACUUGAUCGAAUGAUUACACAUCAACAUCACAGUCUGAUGAGGUAUCUGUAUAUGAUAAAGUUCUGUUUAUAAUAGCACGGAGGAGUCAUCAGAUUGAACUGUUAUUAGGAAUCUUGCACAGCUCUGUACUGAAGCUGAAGGAGGCGGAAGAAAGGGGAAAAUAUGAAAGUAGAAUGCUUUAAGGAAAUGGAAAGCUGAUUACCCAACAAAAAAUGCAAGCGGAGGUCUUGACACUCAACUGGAUAUGUGAGCUAGCUCUUUUUGCAUUGCAGGGGAGUUGACAGAAACUGCACACAUGUACUUUGCUCUAGGGUAUGGACUUCCAUCAAAGCAUAAAGGAUAGAGAAAUUUUGUCAGAUGUCGUAGUUGCAACUGCCCUGGUACACAUGUAUGCAAAAUGUAGAAGCAUGCACAAAGCACAUGAACUGUUUUGUACUAUUCUGCUUGGAAAUUUCUGCAACUUCAAGGAGUUUGUAAGAAAUGUGACCUCAUGGAAUGUAAUAAUUGCAAGAUACACACUAAGAGGAUUUCUUGAAAAGGCUUUACAAACUUUCAAGCAAAUGCAAUUGGCAAGUGGAAAACCAGAUGUUCCAACCUUUGCCAGCAUCCUCACAGCCUCUGAAAAUUGGGACCUUUCAAAUAGGGUAUGGAUAUCCAUGAAAGAAAAACAGAAGGGGGAUGUUUGUUGUGUGUUAAAGUGACAAGUGCCCUGAUAGAAAUGUAUGUGAAAUGUAGAAGCAUAGACAAGGCAUAUGCCCUGUUUGACAAAAGGCACCAAAGAAACGCCAUAAUUGCAGGAUAUGUUAAGAAUGGGAAGAGGCUGUGGACAUCCAUUGAAGCAUUAUUGAAAGUGAAAUUCUGUAAGAUGUAGUCGUUGGAAGUGCUACUUCCAAUCAUCACAGUUUUCCCAAGAUCUUAUGCCCAAAAUUCAAUAAAGAGGAAUUUCUGCACACUUUUCUUGAAUAAUUUCAAAUUAUGAUUAGUUUUCUUUGUAGCUUAUAUUUUGCCGAUGAUAUUUGAAGUUUCUUGUAGGUUC